AUGGAAGAAGAUUUUAUGAAAUUGGAACAGGGAAACGAAACUGUUCAAGAGUAUACUGAGAAGUUUAUUGAAUACUCUCGGUUUGCUGAACAUUAUAUUUCGUCGGAAUCUAGGAAGGUGGAAAGGUAUAUUUGGGGGUUGAAACCUUCGAUCAGAGAAUUUGUAAUUGCUAUGAACCCCAUUACCUUCUCAUUAAUUGUGGAUGCGGCCGAAGUAACAGAACAAAAUAAGAAUCGGCAAUCAGAGGGUAAAGUUAUGGAGAAAAGAAGAUGGGAAGGGCCUUCAUCAAACUUUCGGGGGCCAAUAGCAGUAAAAUAUGAUAAUAGAACUGAACAAAAGGUCGGUGAGAAAUUUUGUACACAAUGCCGACAGGUUCAUCUGGGUGAAUGUAAAAUGGACCCAAGGAAAUGUUAUAAGUGUGGCGAAAUGGGCCAUUUAUCAAGGAGUUGCCCAGCCAAAUGA